AAGUACCAGGUUGGUAUUUUCAUGACUAUCAGUCAUCAGUGUUUUGAAAUAAAUACACAGCUCCUGCAAAAUCCUCUCAUUUCUACAUGGUUCAGCAUGGGAUUUUCUGUCCACUGGAGCUGGGCUGUAGCACUAACAUGUCUCCUCUGUAUGGGAGGUGAAGUUCGGUGUAAUUGCACGGAGACAAAUGUACAAAUCGAAGGAGGAUUUUACAAAUUGACCAAGCAGCUGCAGACAGGCAGCCUGUUGAUCUACAACUGUCCUGAGGGUUACUACCCAUACCCAGCACUGACCCGCUUGUGCCAGCCUAAUGGCUCCUGGAACCCUGCACCCAGGAGGUUUAACCCCCAGAGAUGCAGACUUGUUGAAUGUCCAGAUCCCAAUGUGCUGGCGUACGGAAACGUCUCACCUCCACAGGACAAGUACUUUGUGGACAAUGAGACCACGUAUGAGUGCUAUUCAGGACACACGAUGAGAGGCUCAUCCAGACGUGUUUGUUUACCAAACGGAAAGUGGAGCGGCUCCACUCCCAUCUGUAGUCGUGACACAGGGAAUAAUUGUGCUGACCCUGGCAUCCCAGCUGGUGCCUCAAGAACAGGCAACAUAUUUGAAAUUGGUGACACAGUGAAAUACACCUGCAACGGCAACCUGUUUUUGGUGGGGUCGAGUGAAAGAGUGUGUCAGGAGAACGGCCAGUGGACUGGCAAAGAGCCAGCAUGCUACUACAAACACACCUAUGAUACUCCCCAGGAAGUUUCAGAAGCGUUUGGCAACGCAAUCAAAAACAGCCUCAUCAACUUAGACUCGACUGAUGACUCACAGACAGGGAGAAAAAUCAGGAUUUCAAACAAUGUGACGCUUAACAUCUAUAUCGCAAUGGACGUUUCUGAGAGCAUCGAUGAACGGUUUGUCCAAGAUGCAAAGCGCGCUGUCAGUAAACUUAUUACAAAGAUUUCAUCCUUCAAUGUGAAUCCAAACUAUGAAAUCCUGUUUUUCUCCUGUGAUAUAUUUGAAAUUGUCAACAUUCUUGACUUCUGGCGAGACAGACCGUUGCUAAGCAGCAUCCUUAAUAAUUUGGAUACGUUUCAAAUAAAAGACGGAGAAUUCACUCUUGGAACUGAUCUGAACUUCGUUUUUAAGACCUUCUUGGAGCGAAUGGCGAUGAUAAAACAGCAGGUUGGAGAUGAGGCUUUUAAGGAACAUCGUCACGUCAUUAUAGUAUUUACAGAUGGUGGUUAUAAUAUGGGCGAACCUUCAACCACUGUGGCAAAAAUAAAGAACAUGGUAUACAUGAGCCAGCCUAAUGAAGAAGGGAUUCAACCAAGAGAAGAAUAUCUUGACAUUUAUAUUUUUGCCACUGGAGCUGAAAUCUUUGAUGACGACCUGCAUGCCCUCACAUUGGGGACAGGUGGCCAGCAUUACUUCAGAAUGAAGGACAUUAGUAAUUUACAAGAGACCUUUGAUGAUAUAAUUGAUGAACAAGAUGUUAAAGGUCUGUGUGGUCUUCACAAGGAGUAUGAAACACUUGACAGAGACAGUAAGAGGAAAAUGUAUCCAUGGAUGGCAUUUGUUUAUGUGCAGAAAGAUGGAAUGACAAGGAAAUGCAUGGGCUCUUUGGUGACCCCUCGGUUUGUCUUGACUGCUGCUCACUGCUUCACGUUUGGAGAUUUACCUGAGUACGUCACAGUUGAAAUUGAUGACGGACAAGGCAAAGUGAAAAGAGUUAAAUCUUUCAUAAUACACCCAAACUACAAUAGUAAUGCUAAAACAAGACAGGGCGUGAGGGAGUUCUAUGACUAUGAUGUGGCUCUCAUCCACCUGAGGGAAGACGUUCAAAUCACCGAGGCCUCCAGACCUAUUUGCAUACCUUGCACCUGGGAGACCAAUGAUGCUCUAAAACUGCCCAGUCAAUCCACCUGCAAGGAACAAGAGCGACAUCUUUUAAAGAAUCAUCUUGAAAGACUCAACUUCCUGACCAAAAAAGGUGACAGGGUAGAUGAAAGAGAUGUCCACGCUAAGCUUGGCGAUAAUAGAGAUGAAUGCAUCAGACAUGCAUUGCAGGCAGAGGGCAUAACAACAAGGAAUCCAAAGGACGCUGUAACUGAUAACUUCCUGUGCACUGGUGGUCGGAAUCCAUAUAGAGAUCAUAUAGCAUGUAAAGGUGAUGGUGGAGGUGCUGUGUUCAAGAACUAUGAACAUCGCACCAUACAGAUUGCAGUAGUCAGCUGGGGAACCAAGAAUCUGUGCAAUGAAGGUGCCGUGGAGUCAGAUGACACCUCCAGAGAUUUCCACAUUAAUCUCUUCAGAGUUAUCCCUUUCCUCAAAUCUGUCCUUGGAAAUGAUGAGGAUGACUAUGAACCACUUAAGUUUUUGGACAACUGAAUGCAUUUACAUAUUGCAAUUUGUUUGUUUCAGUUUUAUGAUUUGUGUAUAGUACGUGUUUAAAAACACUGACUCAGGUUAUUUUGCUGAUUGAUGCAUGAAUGACUUCAUCUACUACUACUUUUUUUCAUGUGAAUUCAUGAUGAACAAAAAGUUCUUAUAUACACAUACACACACAAUAUGUAUGUGCAUCACAGAUCUUUGUACUGAGUGUAAUGUGAAAGACAUACACAUUAUGGAGCAUGUACCAUAAAAGUGAAAAAAAUAAAGUCACUUUGUCAACCUC